AUGGAGUCCGAUCCAUCACCAAAGCCACAUCGGCCAUCCUCGAAACUACACAAGCAGCCGCCCAACAUCCUCGCGUCGUCCAGCCCUCUCACCUCCCUCAGCAACAUCACCUCGCCGUGGUCCGUCAAGAAGAAGCAGUCGGCCACCUCCCUGCAGCGCCAUCCGUCCGCUCCAGUCUACCCGCGCUCAUACACCGGCGCUGCUGGCUCUCCCGGCUCGGGCAGAGACCACUCUAGGACAAGGUCCAGCAACUUCGCCUCCUCUUCCACCUCUGUCGACCAGCUCGGCAUCAGCGUCGGUGCUGGUACCGGCGUGGCCACCGCGAAUGGGAGCCGGGCGUCCAGCACCGUCAACGGCGUCGACUUUGGGCGCUUGCAGACCAGCCACAGCCAGAGCCAGACCAGGCUCUCGUACGGGCAGCAGAGCUCCAUCGGAGAGGAAGCGGACGACUCACUGCACGCUGCAACCUCGGACACGGAGGGCGGGACCGCUGCGGCAGGCACGAGAGCGGCAGAGCUGCUCUCUCGGCCAGCGCUGCCCCAUAGCUACAAGUCGAGCCCGGAGGUGUCGCCCAACCUCAAGCACUCGGCCAGCUUCAGCUCCAAGCCGUCCUUCACCACCACCACCGUCACCUCGAACAACGCCGCCCUCACUUCCAACGCCAAACGGCAUUCAGACGAAGGGUCGAGCUCCAAUGCAAAUUCAAGCUCCAACGCGAGCCAGAGCGGCAGCAGACUGUCGUUGAGCAGGAAGAAGACCGGGUUCUCUAACUUUGUCAACAGCAUGCUAGGUUCGCCUAGGAAUAUCAAGAUUUCUGCGCCAGAGAAUCCCGUGCAUGUCACCCACGUCGGAUAUGACAACCAGACAGGGCAGUUCACCGGCCUUCCAAAGGACUGGCAACGCAUGCUCCAGGAGUCUGGCAUUUCAAAGAAGGAGCAGGAGCAGCAUCCACAGACAAUGGUGGAUAUCAUGAAGUUUUAUGAAAAGAACACCGCCGGACGUGACGAUGAUGGUGUAUGGCACAAGUUCGACAAUGCCAGACACCUAGAUCACGACCAGAUAACUCCAAUUAACAACAACGCUUCAGCUCCGGCAAUCUCGCCCCGUUUCCCUCAGAAUCACGAAGGAAGCUUUGAGAACCCCCGCGCGCCACCUCCAAUUCCACGAUCGACGCCGCUCGCCAGUCCUCCGCCGCCUGCACCUCCCUCAACUUCCCCGGGCUCAGGAUGGGUGCCCAACCGAGCUGCUCCAAAGGCUCCCACGAACCUGGUCGCGGCCAGACCACCGCCGCCGCCACCAAUCACCCCGACCAGUGCUGGUGGUGGCCUGCCCUUUGGCGUACAGAGUAUACCCGAGUCAGGCCCGCUACCGACCACGAGAAGUCGUUCAAACUCCAACGCGAAUGGCGGUAAAUUCCCAGUCCAACAUGCUCCAGGCCCCCGCGUUGUCCCCGCCCCCGUCCCAGCACAGGUUUCAGCCCCUGCUCCUGGUCAAAACCAGCUUCCCCCUGGCGCUGCCCGCCCCCGCGUCCGCCCACGUCAACCCCCAACCCCCACGAUCGACAUCCGUGCCCGUCUCAACACCAUCUGCACCAACGGCGAUCCUACCCGCAAGUAUCGCAAUCUGCACAAAAUCGGCCAGGGCGCGUCCGGCGGCGUGUUCACUGCGUAUGAAAUCGGCUCAAACCACUGCGUUGCUAUCAAGCAGAUGAACCUUGAGUUGCAGCCCAAGAAGGACCUGAUCAUCAACGAGAUUCUGGUCAUGAAGGAGAGCCGACACAAGAACAUCGUCAACUAUAUGGACAGUUUCUUGCAUGGCGGAGAUUUGUGGGUUGUCAUGGAGUAUAUGGAGGGUGGCAGCUUGACGGAUGUGGUUACCUUUAAUAUCAUGACAGAAGGCCAGAUUGCAGCUGUCUGUAGAGAGGUCUUGCAUGGCUUGCAGCAUCUACACUCCAAGGGAGUCAUCCACAGAGAUAUUAAGUCAGACAACAUCCUCCUCUCUCUAGAAGGAAACAUCAAGCUCACCGACUUUGGCUUCUGUGCCCAAAUUAACGAUGCACACCAUAAACGCAAUACCAUGGUCGGAACGCCAUACUGGAUGGCACCAGAGGUAGUCACUCGCAAAGACUAUGGCCGCAAGGUCGACAUCUGGUCUCUAGGAAUCAUGGCCAUCGAGAUGAUAGAAGGCGAACCCCCGUAUCUUACCGAGUCGCCACUACGAGCUCUUUAUCUGAUUGCCACCAAUGGCACCCCCACGAUUAAGGAUGAGCAGAAUCUUUCACCUGUAUUCAGGGAGUUUCUGGCUCUAGCGCUGAGAGUUGAUGCUGAGAAGAGAGCUUCAGCACAUGAUCUGUUGAAGCAUCCAUUCAUGGGCUUCUGUGAGCCAUUGACCAGCCUGGCUCCACUUGUUAGAGCUGCCAGAGUCAACAGAGCCCAGGAGAAGGCGCAAAAAGGGGGCGCUUAA